CGGCGGGGGCGGCGCGCAGCCCUGUCCCGGGCCGUCCGCCCGCAGCCGGUCUCCUCGGUCCGCCUGUCCCGCGCCGGGUCCCUCGGUCCCCGCCAUGAGCUCCACGCAGUUCAACAAGGGCCCGUCCUACGGGCUCUCGGCCGAGGUCAGGAACCGGCUCCUGUCCAAAUACGACCCCCAGAAGGAAGCUGAACUCCGCAGCUGGAUUGAGGGACUCACAGGCCUCUCCAUCGGCCCGGACUUCCAGAAGGGUCUGAAAGAUGGGGUCAUCCUAUGCACACUCAUGAACAAGCUGCAGCCUGGCUCCGUCCCCAAGAUCAACCGCUCUAUGCAGAACUGGCAUCAGCUAGAAAACCUCUCCAACUUCAUCAAGGCCAUGGUCAGCUAUGGCAUGAACCCCGUGGACCUGUUUGAGGCCAAUGACCUAUUUGAGAGUGGGAACAUGACCCAGGUGCAGGUGUCCCUGCUUGCGCUGGCGGGAAAGGAGGCAGGGAGGAGAGAGACUUUGCGGCUUAGAAUCUACCACCUUUCAACAGGAGACUGUAAAGGGGCCAAGACCAAGGGGCUGCAGAGCGGCGUGGACAUCGGAGUCAAAUACUCAGAGAAACAAGAAAGGAACUUUGACGACGCCACCAUGAAGGCCGGCCAGUGCGUCAUUGGGCUGCAGAUGGGCACCAACAAAUGUGCCAGCCAGUCGGGCAUGACGGCUUACGGUACCCGACGGCAUCUCUAUGACCCCAAGAACCACAUCCUGCCUCCCAUGGACCACUGCACCAUCAGCCUCCAGAUGGGCACCAACAAGUGUGCCAGCCAGGUGGGCAUGACAGCUCCAGGGACCCGAAGGCACAUCUACGACACCAAGCUGGGUACUGACAAGUGCGACAACUCUUCCAUGUCCCUACAGAUGGGCUACACGCAGGGCGCCAACCAGAGUGGCCAGGUCUUCGGGCUGGGGCGGCAGAUAUACGACCCCAAGUAUUGCCCACAGGGUCCAGCAGUGGAAGGGGCGCCAGGCGCGGGUGAGGGCCAUGGCGAGGGCCCCGAGUACCUGGCCUACUGCCGGGAGGAGGCGGGCUACUGAGCACCCCAGGGUGCUGGCUCCCCACAUCAGCAUCCCUGUGUAGGCUUGGGGUGUUGUUUCUGUUUUCAUUGUGUUGUUUUGUUUCCUGAAACUGGGCCUCGCUUUGUGGCCCUCUCCGGCCUGGAACUCACUGCAGUCAACCUCCUGCCUCAGCUUCCUGAGGACUGGGCGGACAAGCCUUUGCUAGCUAUGCUCCCUCCUCACCCAUCAGGCCUUGCUUCCUUCCCAGGACUGACCCACGGGGAACACUGGGGUCCUUGAUGGGGUAGCCAGGCUGUGGACUUCCUGGCUGUGGGAGAGGCUGUCCCCAAGCAGUUCCCAUUUCUUCAUCUCUUCAGUUUGUGGUUUGUGAGCCCAUGAUUGCAAGCAGUUUCAAUGAAAGAAAAUGGGGGGACAAAGGCAUGGGGGUGUGCUUGAUUUCCCAAGACCCUCAGACCUCACCCUCCUGUGCCCAGCGGGGAAUCUGAAGCCUGGGACCGAGGGCUGCAAAACCAACACUCCUAACUCCCUAACCCUCCGCCCUCCCUCAUCCCUUUGGGUUCCCACCUCCUCCUGAGCAGGCCUGAUUAGCUGCCUUGAGCCCGCCCUGCCUCCAAAAGAGCUGCCAGUGACCCUCGGGCGCCCCUGCGCUGCCAGAUAAUGUGAAGUACCUUGUGUGGACCAAAAACUAGUAAAAGCCUCUGUUUCUAAGACUAA